AUGACAACAAUCUCUGAUCUUUCAGGAGACUUGGUAGGGGAGAUACUCACUAGGGUUCCAUUACCAUCUCUAAGCGCAGUGCGAUCUACUUGUAAAUCGUGGAACGCUUUAUCCAAAACUCAGAUUUUUGGCAAAGCAGCAAGAAAGCAGUUUUUAGGGUUUAUGGUGAUGAACUUUAAAGUUUGUUCAAUGAGACUUGAUCUCCAAGGCUACUUCUUUGAUCUAUCUAUAAAGCCACUGCAUAUAUUUAACCAAGUCGAGAUAGCUGAAGUUUUUCACUGCUACGGCUUAUUGUUAUGCGUCACCAACGAGGAAAUUACUAGGCUCGUUGUAUGGAACCCCUAUUCUAGUGAAACAAGGUGGAUCCAACCAGUGAAGAGUUUCUGCAGAGAUGACAUGUUUACUUUUGGAUAUGACAACAACAACCGCAACCACAAAAUCUUGAGGUUGAAUGCAUAUAUCGCAGAAAUCUACGAUUCAGAGAAAUUUGGACCGCAUCUUGAUCUGCCGUCUGAGUCGUGCUCUCAUGUUUUAUCUUGUGUUAGAGAUGAGAAGCUCGCUUCGUUACUUGAGACAAGUGAGAAAUUGGAGUUUUGGAUUACGACUAAGAUUGAUACCAAUCUAGUAUCGUGGAACAAGUUCUUGUCAGUGGAUAAGAGACCGCUCACACGUUUCCUGGAUGGCUUUAUGACUCGGACUUUCUUGAUUGAUGAGGAGAAGAAAGUCGUUGUAGUUUCCGGUUUUCGUAGUACACGGACCAACACUUGUCCCUACCAGACAGCUCACAUCAUUGGAGAAAAUGGAUACUUCAAAUGUGUGAAUAUCGGAGAAGCUCGAAAAACUGACCAACUUGGAUAUUAUAAGUAUAACCCACUUGUGUUCUCCUCUUACGUUCCAAGUUUAGUUCAACUAAAAGGAGAGAACGAGGUUAUUAACUAG